AUGAAUAUAACAACUCCAUUAGUGGUUUCUAUGUCAAGUCAUAUGAUCACAGUCAGUGUGGGAGAUGUUUUGGUUUCAGGGGUACAUGCUCAUGUUAAAAAAGUGCAAAGAAGAUUCUUAUGGUCUGAAAUGGAAUUAAUCAGUGAUUUGAAGAAGCCUUGGAUAGCAUUGGGGGACUUUAAUGCUAUUACUUCUCAGGAGGAAAAAAUAGGAGGCAAAGCUCCUAAUAAGAUAUCAUUGCUUGACUUCACAAACUGUUUAAAUAACUGUGAGCUAAUUCAGGCUCCAAAAACUGGUGUGCAACACUCUUGGUCAAAUUGCCAGCAUGGAAACAGAAGAAUCCUCUGCAAUCUUGACAAAGUGGUUAUCAAUCAACAAUGGCUGCAAUUGUAUGAAGACUGGGGUUAUAAGGUUGGUUUAAGGGUUGCUUCAGACCAUGCUCCAUUACUGGGAGGAUGUGCCAGCAUACCUAAACCAAAAAAUGUGGGUCACUCCUCCUACAUUUCUUCAAACAAAGAAACACUUGAUAAACUUGUAGAAGCUCAAGAUGAAUUGGCAAAUAGAGAAACUCAAGAAAGCACUCUGCUGAAAGCAAAGUCAAGAAUAAAAUGGGUAAAAGAAGGAUCAACAAAUACUGGCUUUUUUCAUGCAAACUUGAAGAUUACAAAUGCAAGGAAUUCAAUAAGUGAACUUGAAGAAAGUAGUGGAAAUAUUAUCUCUAAUCAAGGAAAAAUUGCAGAAAUUCUAGUUAAACACUUUGAAGAUAAAUUCAGUGCCAGGAAUGUUACUAUUAAUCAAAGUCCGCUGAAUGUCAUUCCUACAGUCAUAACAGAUGAAGGCCAAUUAAUGUUAGAUGCAAUCCCUGAUAGCACUGAGAUUAAAAGCAUUGUAUUUUAUAUUGAUCCUGACAGCUCACCUGGUCGAGAUGGCUAUUCUGGAAUCUUCUACAGAACUUGUUGGGACAUCAUAAAAGAUGAUCUAGUGGCUUACAUCAAAGGCAGGAAUAUCCAUGAGCAAGUUUUACUGGCAUCAGAAUUAGCGAAUGAGAUGAAAAAGAAAAGAAGAGGAGGCAAUGUGGGACUCAAAUUAGAUAUAUCACAGGCAUAUGACUCAGUAAGUUGGGAGUUUCUUAUUGCAGUAUUAAAAAUGUCAAGAGGGUUGAGGCAAGGAGACCCAUUGUCUCCAAUCUUAUUUGUGCUAAUGGAGGAUGUUUUGAGGAGAAACUUAACCCAUUUGGUGAACACUAAAGCCAUUAAUCCAAUGGUCAAGUUAUCAACAAGAUCAAAAGCAAAUGCUUUGUGGAUGGAGUUACUGAAGCCAGGAAAAGUCAAAUUGCAAGAAUGUAUACCCAUCUACAAUAUGGCAGUGUAUAAAUGGCAUGCUUCAGUUAUAAAAGUGUGUGAAAAAAUAAUAAGAAAUUUUUUAUGGUCAGGUGAUAGUGAGGUAAGGAAAUGUAAGACCAUAUCUUGGAAAAGAGUUUGCACACCUUACAAAGAAGGAGGGCUUGGAAUAAGAAGAUUAGAGGUAAUCAAUAGAGUAUUACUUAUGAAAAUGAUGUGGAAAAUUCUAAAUUCUAAAGAAGAACUGGCACUGUUUUUCCAAGCAAAGUAUAAAGACAAGAAUGGACAGUUUACCUCUAAAUGGAAAAUGUCAUCAGUAUGGCCAGGAUUAAAAUGGGCUUGGAAUGCGUUAAAGGAUGAUGUUAGAUGGUGUGUAGGAGAUGGAACAAAUAUUUAUGUGUGGUUUGAAACCUGGAUUGGGGAAACUCCAUUGAUUAAUCAGAUUGGUGAGAUACCUUUUGUCAAAGAGAAUAUAAACAUGAAAGUCAGUGAGUUGUUAAAUGGAACCUCUUGGAAAAUACCUGUAGAACUCCAAUCUUACAUCAAUAAUACGCUUUACCUGAAGCUAGUGGUGGUGCAGACCUAA